CGAGUUCUUCUUUGGCCCCACAACCGUUUCCGCUAGUGGCAGUUGCAUGGGAGCCAGCUAGCUACGUUAGCUCUGCCUCGGAAAGUAGUGCCUGUGACCAGUGUGCCAAGCAUCUGGGUGAUAUUACCCCCAAAAGGUUCUGUCAUGACUCACUGAACGGCUGUCACCCAGCCUGACUGCUCAGUCGGGGGGGGGGGGGGGGGGGGCUGCAUCCACGGACAGUCUGGAAACACACAACUUUUUAUAAAAUGGCACGCGACGUCCACUGUCUGCGGGGAAACGACAACCGGCAACGGCUCGGAGCCUGAACGGGUGCGACGAUGAACGAAGGACCGCUGGUGACCCCGGUCCCCGGCGGAGCGCCCGUGGAGGAAGACGUGGGGGGGCAAAGCACACAGAAGAUAAGCGGGGAAGCAGAAUGGACCUUUGAACCGACACCUGCACUGGAGCCGCCGGCAGCCUUGACCAGUGUCGUCGGCUCGGACCCCGUCAGGAAGACGCCAGAGGAAGCGGACGAGGCGGCUAAGGCCGCUGGCUGCGAGCCUCCCGUCGACUGGUUUGAGCCCCUUGAGGAUGAUGACUACGACGAUGAAAGCCUGGCAGGAGAAAGUGAAAGGAGUGAGAGCGUGGCCGGCAGCGAGACGGUCUUCAAAAAAGUGUACCAGUUUCAAAUGCCCCGCCGCAAGCGAUCGCAUCCCGAUGAAGGGUGGGACGAGUGGUCGAUCCUCGGAGAGGGCUGGAAACGCAAAGAAGUCGUCCGGCGCUCCGGUUCUAGCAUUGGACAGAAGGAUGUGUAUUACCUGAGUCCGCGUGGCGAUCGAGUGAGAAGCCGAGUAGAGCUGAUUUCUUUGAUGGAGGGACAGCUCGACUUGUCAACCUUUGAAUACAAGUCAGGAAAGUUCUACAAUGGCGAAGCACCACCCAUAAGAAUUCGACACAGAACAAAGAGAAAAGUCCGUGAGCGUUCUUCCUCAGAGUCCAGCUGGAUGGAGAGAGGCGACGGGGCCGACACUCCCGACUCCCACCACAUGUCCACCCCCAGCCUGGGUCCCAAAAACCUCCAAUCCAGCCAGACCAGUCUCCCCUUGAACAGUGCAGUAGCAACGCUGAAUAAAGGCUCACGCAAUGAGGAUCCACCAGCUGAAGAUGCAAUUAAACUUCCCCUCCCCUCAUCAUCCAGACCGCUCCUGCUCCCCUCCAUAAAUGGGGAAUUUGGGUCCGAGGACAGCACACUGGUCUGUGCCAGAUGUGGGAUUUCCUUCACGGGCACAUGGUACGACAAACAACGGAAGAGGCCCUGCUGCCCCAACUGUUGGGCAGCCUCAAAGUCUAAAGAACAUCCGAUGGUUCGUUUCAGAAAGUGGAUUCCUUGUGGACAAUGCGUGGGAUGCCACAACACAACAAACUGUGGGCAGUGUGCCAACUGCAAGCAUGGACUGCAGAGCCCAGAAUCUAGGAAACGCUUGUGUCGGAAACGCAAAUGUAUAUGUCCCAUUCGCAAGGGUCCUGGAGGUGGAGGCUUCCUGCCGCAAAAGCCUUAUAAUGACAUUCCUGACAUGUACGAGGACAGCAUGAGUUUCCAGAGUGAAUUUACAGACUCGCAGCACCCGAGUCUCAAAAGCAGCGACACGGAGAACUUCUCGGUCAACGUGGACGUGGACGAGGACGAGGACAUGUCAACCGACGAUGAUGACGACUGGCAUAAGAAGCGGAAGCGACGGUCCUGCGGAGAAUGUAAAGCCUGUCUCUGCAGGAAAGACUGCGGCACUUGUGAUUUCUGUGUAGACAAACCCAAGUUUGGAGGCAGCAACAAGAAGAGGCAGAAGUGUCGACUACGCCAGUGUCAGAGACAGGCAAUGAGACACUUGCUGCCUUACCAAAGGGGACACGGUGACCACGGGCCAGAUGGCCAAUUGCUGCCGGGCAGGCCGCGACCUCACUACACGUAUAGCCGGAAGUCAGAUUUUAAGAGAAGUAGAGGAUCACAAUACGGCUUGGACUUCACCGACAAUGAAGACGAUGACUGUAACUUAAAACCAUUAAACUGGAACACAGCGGCGGCCAGCGGUAGCAAAUAUUUCGAUGGACUGGAUGUAAGGAACCACACAACGUCUGCGCAGCAGUUGAAUUCGAUGGAUCUCCGACUGCUGAAUGGGCUUCCUGACGGAGUUCCCCUCAUCAGCAGCAACUCUGAACUGGACCAGCUAAGCAGAUGGGAUGCAAUGAAAUCGCAUUCAGGCAAGGAUGGUCGAAAGCAUGCCGAAGAAAUGGAGGAUGAUGACGAUGACGAUGAAGAGGACGACGACGACGAGGAGGGGGAGGAAGAAGAAGAAGAAGAAGAGGAUGAGGAGGAUGAAGAAGAUGAGGAGGAGGAGGAGGAGGAUGAGGAGGAGUUGCCCAUGAUCACACAGAUCUUCAGUUUGGCUGAAACCCCGUCUGGGAGUGGUGCGGACAUAGAGAACCAGCUUAUGACACUGCUCCAGUCGUUGCGCUCCUCUGCAAUGCCAAUCAUGUGGUACGCCAUCAUGGUGGAGGGCCCGCAGCUGCAGCUCAUCCAGUGCUCCAAACAGUCCAGCCUGAGCGACACCAUCGUGCUGAUCGACCCGGGCUUCUGCUACCAGGUCACCGUCCAGAAGCAGCCGCUGCUCCCCACCCACCCGCUGUACGACCAGUACCCGGCGCGCAUGACCUCGGUGACGCAAGUGGUCAGUCUGCUGUUGGGCCUGGAGGACUACGUGGUGUGCCAGGGACUGCCCCCCAAAGAGCCGUUGUCGAACACAAACCCGAUCAUACUGGAGCGAGCGUCGACGUGCGAUUUCUUAGUGAGGAAGAAGGUGAGCGUCUGUGCCAACUGCAGAGCGCUGCAAGGACUUUAACCUCAGCCGAGGCAGAAGACCGCCUGGACCCACAGUGGAGACCACCGAUUCUCCGGUGCAACGUUGUGCUACAUAUAGAUAUAGAGAUGACAUUUUACAGAGUCACCUCCAGACUGUAAGAGUAUGGUGUGAUCAUUUGAGGAGUCACCAAAGGCAUUCCAGGAGCUGGGACGUUGUAACCCAGGCGUCUUCUCGGAUGUCUUCUGGUGUUGUAGGUCUUCUCUUCAUGACUGUUAUGUCAAGAUUUUGGGGGCAUUGUGACGGACGGAGUGUGGUAAGUGUGCCGUUGGUUGAGGUGCACUCUUACUCGAGGACCCUUUACCAUUAUUACACCUUUUUGAAUAGUCGUUUGACCCCAAAUUCUGUCUCUCAGCCCCCAAAAUGAAGCUGAAGUUUCUUGCGGUGAACCCUCUCAUCUUUUCGCCAGCAGCAUUGGACACCGUGUCGACAGCGUUGUCAUGUGUACCGUACGUCUUUUGGACUAAAUAAGUUAUGUGUGCAUCUUGUACUGCUUUUUUCUUUCUUUUUUUAAAUAGUAAAUUAUAUUGUGAACGCUA